AUGGUCACGGAUGACCUUGAAUUCUUCCCCAGCUCCACUAUCAAGAGCAUCAAGGCGCUGAGCAGCAUGGGUGUGAAGACAAUGGCUGAUUUGGAGAGCUACGAGAUCAACGUGACCAAGGACCAAGCACUGGCGCUAGUCCAAGCUGCGCUGGCAUCAUCCACAGCUCUGAAUGAUGUGUUUGGGAGUGUAAUUGGAAGCGUUAGUGGUGCUGGUGGUGAUGUUCCUACUGAAGCUGCAGACACGGUGUUGCACCUCUUUGCCUUGCCAUCCCUCUCCCCAAUCUCGCCCGCCGGCCUGCUGCCUUCCCGCUGCCAUUCAAGCCUUCCCAUUACCCGCCACCGCUCGCCGCUGCCCAUACCUCACUCCCCCUGCCCAGCUGCCCCCUCUCACGCCUCUCCCGGGCUUUACGAGAGCCACUCGCCCCCCUUGCCUGGCCCCUCUCACACCACAACCCCCACACCUUUCACCUCCUCUGCUGCUAGUCCAGACGAGUCUCAACAAUCUCCCUUCUCCUGCUCUGCUCCCCGCGCCUGUCCACACAUUGCCUGCUCCUUGCGCUGCUCGCAUUCCACCCCACACAGCCAUGGUCCCUCCCAUUGCGCCACCACCAGUGACGAAAUUCCCAUUUUCAACACCUCACCACCUGCCCCCAUCCCGCACUCUUUCCCCCAAAUCCCCGUUCCGCCGUCCCCACCUGCGCGCAUGCUCAUUCCACUCUGCGCCACUCCCCCUCGCCCCACGCUGCUGAUCCGUGUUGCGCUCGCCUCCUCCCCGCCCGCUCGUCUUCACCCCCCCUUAGUCCGCACCUCACUGCUGUACCCUCUUCCGCGCGUGUUCUCCUUCCGCGCCCCAUUCUCUCAGUCGUUGCAGGGUGCACGCCGCAUCCUGAAAGCCACGGCCGAGGCCGACCGGCAAGGCGUCUGCCCUAGAUUGUACCGCUGA